GACCAUCAACGUUUUAUGAAAUUUCAGAUUAUUGUCAUGGGUGAAAAUCAAAACAGAGAUAGCAAUUCUAAUUCAAAUAAAGUUACUUCUCUAAGCCAACUCGAUUUGGAGGUUGGUGCUCAAUUCGAAUCAUUUGAUGCUUUGCAGAAAGCAAUAAAAAGAUAUGAAAAUACAGUAUUCACAACUUUCAAGAUUGCGACAUGCACUAAACUUACCCAUGCUGAUCAAAGAAUUAUGCGAAGGAUAAAUUAUAAAUACCUACGCUAUGCCUGUAUCCAUGGCGGAAGAAAAUUCAAGAGUAGGGCUAAAGGCAAACGGCAUACUCUAACGUUGCAAAAAAAUUGUCCUAGCCGUUUUUUAGUGAAACACGUGUUAAAGGAAGAUAAAAAUAUGCUUGAAGUCACAAAAAUAAACACGGAACAUAACCAUGAUUUGGACCCCGAUUUUUACAGGCUCUUGCCUAAGCAACGCAAAAUUCCUGAAGCAUCUAAAGCAUUCAUUAUAAAGUGUUUAGAAUACAAUGUAGCAAUUCCAAAAAUAAGGUUCGAUAUGCAACAAAAGGGAGUUUAUGUCACGAGUCGUGAUUUAUACAACAUUAAAAAGAAAAUUAAACCUCGGCCACGGGGUGAGGUCAUGGAAAUUACAGAUCUAGAAGAAAUUACAGAUCUAGAAGAAAUUACAGAUCUAGACUCAGAUAACCUAAUUAAUGAGAACGACAAAAUGAUUGAUAACAUGAUAAUUGAUCACAUUAACAGCAUUAAAAAAAAUGUUUCGUCAGAGGAAAAAUAUAAAAAAUUGAAAGAAAAUAUUGAGGAUAUAUGUUCGCUAACAUCCGAAAUGAAUCAAGAUGCCUACGAUAAAAUAUAUCAAUUUACAAACUAUCUUUGCAAAGAUUUAUGCCAACCAAAUCCUAGGAUUAUUGAAAAAUUUGAAGAGAUUAUUCGGAUAUUUAAUCCAACACUAGUGCUUAAUUCUAAAGAUAUAGGUGUCCAACAUGAAACAGAUAAAGUAGACCUACAAGUUGGUAAAGUAGAAAUUGAUGCUAUGAAAAUAAAUAUUAUGAUGCCAGAAAAAAUGAGUCCUGGGGAAAGAUGCAAAGGAACACAAGACAAUUCCAGCAAUAAGCCUUUUAUAGAUAUUAAAGCUGAACCCAAUUCAAAUACUGACGAGGACGAUUUACUAAUGCAAAGUAAUCCUAGUGCUAGUGAGACUGAAGAUGAUGAAGAGGAUCAAGAUUUUAAUUCAUCUAAUAGAAAUUUUUUAGAUUCUACUACCGGCUUGUUUUCAUCCAUUGAAAAUGCUAUAAGUUCUAAACCUUUGCGAACUUAUCCUAUAAACAUUCGUAAUGAUAUUUUAAUUUUUAUAUACUUAAUACUACUUAUUUUUUAG